UGGAGAAGUUUAUACUCCCAGCGGUGAAAGCAAAGCUUAUAAGAAUUUGCAAAAUGAGAGUUUACAACUUGCUGCUGAUUACAUUUGUGGUCGCGUUGCAAUUAUAUGCCGCGCCUACCGAAGCCCAUCAGCCCGACUGUGCGGAGCAAGUGAACGGCAUUUCUUUUCCGGACCCUAAGAGCUGCUCUCGCUUCUUUGUUUGCCUGCGUGGACGCGCGCUUAGCAGAGUCUGCGGUCAUGGACUCUACUUCGAUCCCAAGACUCAAAUGUGCAAUUUGCCACUCCUUGUGCAGUGCAAGGAAGGCGAUCGCACUGGAGCUGUUGGAUCCGGGGAACUUAUUCAUCAUAGCCCCAAUAACAACCAACCAUGCACCACCACCCCUGCACCUUGUAAUAAGGUGACGACAACAGAACCGUGUACAACAACAACAACAACAACAUCUCCCUGCACCACAUCACCAACAACCACUACCUGCACAACAACCACUUCUACAACCACAACAACAACGACGACUACCACCUCAACCACCACGACAACGACCACCACUACUACUACGACAACAACAACAACUACGACGAGUACCACAACCACAACCACCACGACAACGACCACCACUACUACUACGACAACAACAACAACAACUUGCUCAACUACGACGACUACCACAACAACCACCACGACAACGACCACCACUACUACUACGACAACAACAACAACUUGCUCAACUACGACGAGUACCACAACCACCACGACAACGACCACCACUACUACUACGACAACAACAACAACUUGCUCAACUACAACAACAACGACGACAACCACAACAACCACUACCACAACAACCACCACCACAACAACCACCACCACAACAACCACCACCACCACAACAACCACCACCACAACAACCACCACCACAACAACCACCACCACAACAACCACCACCACCACAACAACCACCACAACAACCACCACCACAACAACCACCACCACAACAACCACCACCACAACAACCACCACCACAACGACCACCACUACUACUACGACAACAACAACAACUUGCUCAACUACGACGAGUACCACAACCACCACGACAACGACCACCACUACUACUACGACAACAACAACAACUUGCUCAACUACAACAACAACGACGACAACCACAACAACCACUACCACAACAACCACCACCACAACAACCACCACCACAACAACCACUACCACAACAACCACUACCACAACAACCACCACUACUACUACGACAACAACAACAACUUGCUCAACUACGACGACUACCACAACAACCACCACCACAACUACCACCACGACAACGACCACUACUACUACUACGACAACCACAACAACUUGCUCAACUACAACAACAACUUGCUCAACUACAACAACAACGACGACAACCACAACAACCACUACCACAACAACCACUACCACAACAACCACCACUACUACUACGACAACAACAACAACUUGCUCAACUACAACAACAACUUGCUCAACUACGACGACUACCACAACAACCACCACGACAACGACCACCACGACAACGACCACUACUACUACUACGACAACAACAACAACUUGCUCAACUACGACGACUACCACAUCAACCACCACGACAACAACCACCACCACAACAACCACUACUACUACAACGACAACAACAACAACUUGCUCAACUACAACAACAACUUGCUCAACUACAACAACAACGACGACAACCACAACAACCACUACCACAACAACCACCACUACUACUACGACAACAACAACAACUUGCUCAACUACAACAACAACUUGCUCAACUACGACGACUACCACAACAACCACCACCACAACUACCACCACUACUACUACGACAACAACAACAACUUGCUCAACUACAACAACAACGACGACAACCACAACAACCACUACCACAACAACCACUACCACAACAACCACUACCACAACAACCACUACCACAACAACCACUACCACAACAACCACCACCACAACAACCACCACCACAACAACCACCACCACCACAACAACCACCACAACAACCACCACCACAACAACCACCACCACAACAACCACCACCACAACAACCACCACCACAACAACCACCACUACUACAACGACAACAACUUGCACUCCAACUCCACCCCCCUGCACCACAACUCCCCCACCCUGCACCACAACUCCAACACCCUGCACCACAACUCCAACACCGUGCACCACAACUCCAACACCCUGCACCACAACUCCAACACCCUGCACCACAACUCCAACACCCUGCACCACAACUCCAACACCGUGCACCACAACUCCAGCUCCAGCUCCAGCUGCAGCUGAAGUAGAAGUUUUAAAAGUACUACCAGCAGAAACUUUGAGAUCUAUGCGCGACUGCCGGGAUAUCGACGAUGGCACAUUUUUGGCUGAUGCCAGACAUUGCCGUCGCUUCUACAUCUGUCGCAACAACCGCGCAAGGCGUCAAGUUUGCCCCACUGGCCAAUGGUUCGAUCGUGAGGCUCUAGCUUGCCGUGACCGCCGUGAAGUCACUAACUGUGUAGCUCGGCGCAACUAAGCGAUCCUUGAUAACGACAAUUCAACGGACCCGUAACCAGAUACAACGCAGCUUCUCUAUAAGGACCCAAUGGGAAUGAUUUUUCGAUAACCUGACGUAUACGCCACUUUUUAGACUUAAGCAUGGAUGUGUAAUAAAGCAACAAAAUGUAAGAAAGCCGCA